CCCCGGCUUAUUUGUUAUUUCCUGUCUCCUGUCUCCCUGAUGCCGCCCUCCGACCAUGCCGGCAUCCGAGUCAUCCAACGACGCUCACCAGUGCGACUCCUGCUUCAAAACCUACCAACGACGUUUGUCUCCGCCGUUUGUUGUCUCUCCAUCUUCUUGCAUCUGAGCUGAUGUCUAGACCGAUGGAUCCCAGGUGACCUUCUCUUGCGCCAUCGACGCCGGUGUCUCCGGUCAAGCAAACCCAAGAUACGCCGCAAAGCGUGCAAUGCCUGUGUGCUAGCCAAGACCAAAUGCUGCUGCACGCAACCGACUUGCUCGCGAUGUGCCAAACGGGGCAUCUCAUGCGAAUACGUGUCUACGGCCAACACAGCAGCCGCCAUUCCCUCUGACUCUUCCGACUCUUCCUCGUCCCCGUCGACCAGAGAUCAUCCCCGACCUGAUGAAACCCGCGUGAACACGACCGACUUCCCGUCGCUAUGGAGCCCUCGGAGCAUGCUGGGUGGUCCCGGCGCCGACGACAGCUUCGACUCGUGGAGCUCCCAGAACUUCAUGUGGACCCUGGAUACACUCGAUAUCCCGCCGUUGCCCUCGUCAGCAGGCUUAGUCGACGAAGUCACCUUGGACCUGACAUCGGCAGUCCCGACCAGCCAUCCAAGCUUCACAUUACCACUGGCAUCGGCUCCAUCGCAGCCGUACAGUACGCCGGUGGAGAGUUCCAUGGUGCUGCCAGAUCCGGGGAUCUCCGAUACGUCCACCCUGACCGGUCUGGGCGGCGUUCCCGACGUGCCGGGGAUGCUGCCGUCCAACUAUGUCCGUCUGCUUGCGCAGUAUCCGAGACUCUUGCUUCAGGACGAUUUUUACUGUCCGUUCGUGCACCGCACUCUGUUCAACGAGCAAGUCGCGGACAUGACGAUUCUGCCGCACACAUCCAUGGCCAUUUGCUGCGGAAGUGCCUUGGGCGCCAAAGACGCCGCGGGGUACGUCAAGCGAGCCAUGGACGCGCAACGACAAAGCCUGAUUGAGUCAUAUCCCACCUACCAAUGCAUGAAACAGUGGGACGCUCUGCACGCAAUGCUCCUCUACGAGAUCCUCGAGAUGGGCAUCACGCCCGUCGACGAAUCCGAGAGUUGGAAACAAAAGCGCCGCACCAAAGGGCUGAAAUCGCCCUUCCUCUCAAAGAUGACCCAGUGCUUCUCGCGGUCCUACCUCGUGUCGCAAGAUACGGCCCUCCUGCCCGCAGCCGACGCCAACUCCAACUCCAACUCCUGGGUCAAAUGGGCCGUGGCCGAAACCGCCCGCCGCACCAUCUUCCUCGCCAACAUUGUCAACUUCUUAAGCAACCGCGAUCUCGACUCCGGGCGCCAAUCGCCCUACUACGAGCCCCUCAACGAUGAGCUCAUCAUGAAGAUGCCUCUACCCUGCGAUCAAGCGCUGUGGAGCGCCCGCACCGAAGACGAGUGGCGCAAGGCCACACCCGCGUCCCCUGGGUCUCCGGGCAUCAGCGACGCUUUAUCAACCUUGGGAGCUGCUGGUGACCUCGUCGGAGAGCAGCUCUCUCCAAAUCAUCAGCACCAACCCUCGCUCGAAGUGCUUUUCUCCAAGUUCGCCAAGGACGAUCUUCGGGCGAAUUGCGCGACGAAUGCCGGGUUUGCCGACUCCAAUGAGCUGCGGUCGUUUAUCGUUCUUUGUGCGCUGGAGCAAUUUGCGUGAAUAGACGGGGUUUAAACUGGCGAUGCACUGGAUUGUAUGAAACCUGACGAUUAAUGUAACGCUUAACGGGUCAUGGGCGUAAUCACUGAGUUUCCCGUUUCAUACGGCUCAUGUAGACUGGCUCGAUGAGCAGAACGAGCAAUGAUGAAAUGGAUGUUGCAACUUGUUGUCAUGCAUUCACCUGAUCCAAUAGCGGAUCCCGACAUGUCUCUCUCAUCAAUCGCUUCGACUGUUCCAUGGUCUCAAGCCGACACACUGGUAAAAGCUGGCUGCGUCUCAGUAGCUGGGCGCUUCUCUUUCAAUGGUCAGUGAUAUGUAAACUGCUUCACGCGAGCCUUGACAUGCUCGUCCGCCACAACGGGCUCGAAGCGGGCCGGGUUCGUCUCUGUCACCAGGGCAUACAGGCACACCAACACGUCUGGGUUCAAGUGUCC